ACGUUUAGAAAUGAUGAUGAUGUUAUGGAGAGAGGUGAACUGGAAAAAGCAAUCAAGGAAUCAAGGAGCUCCAUAAUUGUAUUCUCAAAAGACUAUGCUUCUUCGCGAAGGUGCCUUGAUGAACUUGUGAUGAUCCUUGAGUGCAAGAGGAACUUCGAACAUGUUAUUUUACCAGUUUUCUAUGGCAUGGAUCCAUCCCAAAUUAGGAAGCAAACUGGCAGUGUUGCAGAAGCAUUUGCAGGGCAUGAAGCUCAAUUUGAGGUGGAAAUUGAUGAAAGAAAUGGGAAACUAGGGAUGGAGAAGGUGGAAGCGUGGAGAGAAGCACUCAGAGAAGUUGCGAAUCUUGGAGGUUUGGUCUUGCAAAAUCAAGCUGACGGAAUUGGAUCGUACGGUCUUGAGUGUCACUCCCUACCUAACAAGUAUAGAAUCUCGUGUAAAAGACAUCAAUUCGUGGUUACAAGAAGGAUCAAACAAUGUUGGCAUAAUGGUGAUAUGUGGAAGGGUGGAAUCGGGAAGACAACCAUUGCAAAAACUGUUUAUAAUCAAAACUUCGAUAGAUUUGAAGGUAGUAGCUUUCUUGCAAAUGUUAGAGAAACUUCAAAACAAUCCAAUGGUCUGGUUCGUUUACAAAGACAGCUUCUUUCGAAUAUUUUUAAGCGGAAAAUAGAAAAAAUACACAAUGUUGACGAGGGAAUCAUUAAGAUUAAAGAUGCUAUAAGCUGUAAAAAUGUUCUUGUUGUUUUAGAUGAUGUGGAUGGGUUGGACCAAGUAAAUGCAAUAUUUGGAAUGCGACACUGGUUUCAUCCUGCAAGUAAAAUUAUCAUUACAACUAGGCAUGACCGAUUGCUAAAGGUUCAUGAAGUUUGUGAGGUUUCCAUGGUUAAGGAGUUUAAUGAUGUUGAAGCGCUUCGUCUUUUCAGUUGGCAUGCUUUUGGACAAGACCAUCCUAUUGAGGCAUACAUCAAGCAGGCCAAGAGGAUGACAUACCACUGUGGGGGGCUUCCUUUAGCUCUUGAAGUCUUAGGUGCUUCUCUAUUUGGAAAGAGUGUUGAUGCAUGGGAAAAUGCAUUAGCAAAGUUGGGAUCAUUUUUUGAUGAGAAAAUCCAAAAUGUACUUCAAAUAAGCUAUGAUUCUUUAGACGAUCACGACAAAAACUUGUUCUUGAUAUUGCUUGUUUUUGUUGAAAAAGAAAAAGAUUUUGCAGUUAAAAUACUGGAUGAAUGUGAUUACCACACAACUGUUGGGAUUCAAUAUCUCAUUCAUAGAUGCCUUGUAACAAUUGAUGGAGUAGACAACAAGCUAAUGAUGCAUCAAUUGCUUAGAGACAUGGGGAGGGAGAUUAUUCGCCAAGAAUCUCCUAAGGAGCCUGGAAAACGCAGCAGAUUUGUGAUUAUUUAUGGGGUCCUUUUUCUUAUUAGGGAACGGAAACAAUUGAAGUCAUUCCCAUGGCCUUGUCGAUUCCCCAGAUUUCUCGCUGCCCCUAAUCUUGGAAAACUGAAACUUAAAGAUUGCAUAAAUUUGGUUGGUGUUCAUGAAUCCAUUGGGAAAUUAGAGAGACUUGUUUUGCUGAAUCUGAAGAGUUGCAGAAAUCUUACAAAGCUUCCAGGGGAAAUUGUUCUGCUCAAAUCCCUUGAAGAACUUAUUCUCUCCGACUGCUCAAGUCUUGACAAGUUGCCUCCUGACCUGGUCAAGAUGGAAUCUUUGAAAGUGCUUCAUGCAGAUGGAAUAAAUCAAUUGUCCUCAAAUAGUGGAGCAGGGGAUAUCAGUACCCUGUCCUCAUUGCAAACCUUGUGUCUAGGCUUUAAUCCAAUCUGUAGCCUUCCAGGAAGCCUCAAAGGUCUUACUAGGCUAACUCAUCUUGACUUAAUUUACUGCAUUAGGCUCCAAUCACUUCCAGAGCUUCCAAUGAGUUUAGCAGGAUUAAAUUUAACUGGAUGCAGAUUCCCACCUAUCCAUGUUUCUGUACCUCUCAUAUUAAUCUACACAAUAUUUUAUAAACAUUCAAAAAACAGUAAAAUUGCAAUUUUGAUUGUUUAUGUUGAUGACAUCAUUUUAACUGGUAAUGAUGAAGCAGAGUUAGCAGCCCUCAAAGAGAAACUCGCAAAAGAAUUUCACAUUAAGGAUCUGGGAGCCCUCAAUGUGCUCCAUUCAAUGGCUGCUGAGACCUCCUCUUCCAAAUCUCGUUGUUCUUAUCUUGUGUACUUGAGUUUUGCCGAAGACACUUGCAAAAAAUUUACAGACCACCUCUAUACAGCGUUGAUUGGUGCAGGUUUUCGCACGUUUAGAAAUGAUGAUGAUGUUAUGGAGAGAGGUGAACUGGAAAAAGCAAUCAAGGAAUCAAGGAGCUCCAUAAUUGUAUUCUCAAAAGACUAUGCUUCUUCGCGAAGGUGCCUUGAUGAACUUGUGAUGAUCCUUGAGUGCAAGAGGAACUUCGAACAUGUUAUUUUACCAGUUUUCUAUGGCAUGGAUCCAUCCCAAAUUAGGAAGCAAACUGGCAGUGUUGCAGAAGCAUUUGCAGGGCAUGAAGCUCAAUUUGAGGUGGAAAUUGAUGAAAGAAAUGGGAAACUAGGGAUGGAGAAGGUGGAAGCGUGGAGAGAAGCACUCAGAGAAGUUGCAGAUCUUGGAGGUUUGGUCUUGCAAAAUCAAGCUGACGGGCAUGAGUCAAAGUUUAUCCAAAUAAUUGUUCGAGAGAUUGCUAACAAAUUGGAUCGUACGGUCUUGAGUGUCACUCCCUACCUAACAAGUAUAGAAUCUCGUGUAAAAGACAUCAAUUCGUGGUUACAAGAAGGAUCAAACAAUGUUGGCAUAAUGGUGAUAUGUGGAAUGGGUGGAAUCGGGAAGACAACCAUUGCAAAAACUGUUUAUAAUCAAAACUUCGAUAGAUUUGAAGGUAGUAGCUUUCUUGCAAAUGUUAGAGAAACUUCAAAACAAUCCAAUGGUCUGGUUCGUUUACAAAGACAGCUUCUUUCAGAUAUUUUUAAGCGGAAAAUAGAAAAAAUACACAAUGUUGACGAGGGAAUCAUUAAGAUUAAAGAUGCUAUAAGCUGUAAAAAUGUUCUUGUUGUUUUAGAUGAUGUGGAUGGGUUGGACCAAGUAAAUGCAAUAUUUGGAAUGCGACACUGGUUUCAUCCUGCAAGUAAAAUUAUCAUUACAACUAGGCAUGACCGAUUGCUAAAGGUUCAUGAAGUUUGUGAGGUUUCCAUGGUUAAGGAGUUUAAUGAUGUUGAAGCGCUUCGUCUUUUCAGUUGGCAUGCUUUUGGACAAGACCAUCCUAUUGAGGCAUACAUCAAGCAGGCCAAGAGGAUGACAUACCACUGUGGGGGGCUUCCUUUAGCUCUUGAAGUCUUAGAAAAAGAUUUUGCAGUUAAAAUACUGGAUGAAUGUGAUUACCACACAACUGUUGGGAUUCAAUAUCUCAUUCAUAGAUGCCUUGUAACAAUUGAUGGAGUAGACAACAAGCUAAUGAUGCAUCAAUUGCUUAGAGACAUGGGGAGGGAGAUUAUUCGCCAAGAAUCUCCUAAGGAGCCUGGAAAACGCAGCAGAGUAUGGCGUCGUAGGGAUGCCUACAACUUUGUGAUUAUUUAUGGGGUCCUUUUUCUUAUUAGGGAACGGAAACAAUUGAAGGUUUCAUCUUGGACUUGUGUGCUACGGGAAGAUAUGCAAGGCAAGAGUGUAAAUAAUACACAACACCACCAUUUUCACGAUUUUGUGGACAACAAUUUAUCAAAGCGCCGGCGUCUUGGCUUAUUCUCUUGGCUUCCCACAUAUCCUGUCUCAACAGAAUCAAAUGAAGAAGUAGGUUUGAACACUGAUGCGUUUUUUUCGAUGCGCAAACUACGAAUACUCCAGCUUUAUAGUGUACAACUCAUUGGUCGCUAUGAAAAAUUUCCUAAGAAGUUAAGAUGGCUGCGUUGGCAUGGAUUCCCUUUAAAAUUUAUACCUAAUGAUUUUCCUCUAGAGAACCUGGUUGUUCUUGAUAUGCGCAAUAGCAGCUUGGCACAACUUUGGAAAGGAACCAAGAUGCUCAGAUUGUUGAAGAUUCUCAAUCUUAGUCAUUCCCAUGGCCUUGUCGAUUCCCCAGAUUUCUCGCUGCUCCCUAAUCUUGAGAAACUGAAACUUAAAGAUUGCAUAAAUUUGGUUGGUGUUCAUGAAUCCAUUGGGAAAUUAGAGAGACUUGUUUUGCUGAAUCUGAGAGGUUGCAGAAAUCUUACAAAGCUUCCAGGGGAAAUUGUUCUGCUCAAAUCCCUUGAAGAACUUAUUCUCUCCGACUGCUCAAGUCUUGACAAGUUGCCUCCUGACCUGGUCAAGAUGGAAUCUUUGAAAGUGCUUCAUGCAGAUGGAAUAAAUCAAUUGUCCUCAAAUAGUGGAGCAGGUAAACCAUGGCAUGAACAUAUUUGGUCUUGGGUAUCAAAACUAAGCAGCCGCCCUGAAUCCAUUUGUUUCUCAUUGUAUUCCUUACCACGCUCAUUAGUAAGCUUAAAUCUUUCAAAUUGCAAUAUAUCUGGUGAUGGUAUUCCAGGGGAUAUCAGUACCCUGUCCUCAUUGCAAACCUUGCGUCUAGGCUUUAAUCCAAUCUGUAGCCUUCCAGGAAGCCUCAAAGGUCUUACUAGGCUAACUCAUCUUGACUUAAUUUACUGCAUUAGGCUCCAAUCACUUCCAGAGCUUCCAAUGAGUUUAGCAGGAUUAAAUUUAACUGGAUGCAGGUCUUUGGAAACGGUAGCAAAUCUGCCAAACCUGUUUAACCUACUAAUGUUGGACAUAUGUCAUUGCCAGAAACUAGUUGAAAUUCAGGGAUUAUUGAAGUUAGAACCAAUUGGAAACAUUGAUUCGGAAAUGAUUAACAAUUUGAACUUUGAGUGGGAUUUCAUGGGAAUGGCUGAGUUUGAACUAUACAGUAACCUAACUGGUGCAAUUGUUAAAGCUCCCACACUCCAGGGACUAUAUGAAUGUGGUAUAUACAGCAUAUUUCUUCUCGGGAGUGAGAUUCCUAGUUGGUUUGACAUGAAGAGUAGAGGUUCAUCAAUGUCUUUUAUAGUUCCUUCACUUCCACAUCUCAAAUUCUGCGGCCUGAAUAUAUGCAUUGUAUAUGCCAUGGAUUUUAGACUGGCGGAAUGGUCUCAUGAAUAUAUUAUAGUCAGUAAUAAAACUAAGGGUAUGAAAUGGGCAUAUAGGCCAACAUUUAGAGGCAUUCCGUAUGAACACAAAGAUGUGAUAUGGUUAAGUGAUUGGAAGAUAGCGGAUCUGUUAAUGGAAGCUGGGGAUGAAAUGAACAUCUCUGUGAAUAUGGCAGAAUUUUUUUGGGUAAAAGAAUUUGGAAUUCGAAUUCUGUAUGAUGAAGAAGGGAAAGGUACCCAGAACAACACUAGCUAUUCUUUUCAUCAUAAUGUCAUUGAUUUGUCAGCAUAUCAAAUGAGAGAAGGCGAGUACUUCUUAUGCAAUGACGAUGAUGUUAGUAGGGCGCUACUCUACUCAAGGAUUGCUGAGUUUUUGAGGCUUGGGCUUUAUGAUAAGGCAGUGAGGAAAAAAGAUCUUAGGGACAUUGUUUGUGACGACCCCGAUAUGGCUGCUGUGACAUCCCAAGAAGCCUUCUCUUCCACUUCUUCAUUUGCUUACCACAUUUUCUUGAGCUGCAGAGGCAAAGACACAAGGAAGACUUUCACUGACCACCUCUACACAGCUUUGGUGCAUGCGGGUUUUCGCACAUUCAGAGACGAUGACGAGAUCGCAAGAGGCGAAAAGAUUAAUUCAGAACUGCAGAAGGCAAUCAUGCAGUCAAAGAUUUCAAUAGUUGUCUUCUCCAAAAACUACGUGUCUUCCAGAUGGUGCCUUGACGAACUUGUGACAAUCUUUGAACGUAAAAGGACUUCUAAUCAUGGAGUUUUACCUGUCUUCUAUGACGUGGAUCCAUCCCAGGUAAGGAAACAAACGGAAAGUUUUGCUGAAGCAUUUGAAAGGCAUGAACAGAGGUUGAAGACGAAAUGCGGUGACGGAAACAAGGACUGGGUGGAGAAGGUGAGAAGAUGGAGGCAAGCACUCAGAGAAGCUGCAGACUUGGGAGGGAUGGUUUUGGGAAAUCAAGCUGAUGGGCAUGAGUCAAAAUUCAUCCACAAAAUUGUGUCCGUGGUUGAAGAUAAGCUACACCUUACAGCCCUAGGUGUUGCACCCUUCUUAAUUGGAAUUUAUCCUCGAGUGAAAAAUAUCAACAUGUGGUUAAGAGAUGGCUCUACCUAUGCUCACACGGUCGCAAUUUCUGUGGGCGGCAUAGGAAAGACGACCAUUGCCAAAUUUGUCUACAAUUUAAACUUUAAAAGAUUUGAAGGUAGCAGUUUUCUGGCAAAUAUCAGAGAAGUUUCUGAACAACCCAAUGGCCUAGUUCAUUUACAAAGACAACUUCUUUAUGAUAUUCUAAAUGGUAGAAAGGAAAAAAUAUUCAAUGUUGAUGAAGGAAUUGUUAAGAUCAAAGAUGCCAUAGCCUGUAAAAAAGUUCUUCUUGUUCUUGAUGAUGUGGAUCGAGUGGAUCAAUUAGAUGCAAUACUUGGAAUGCGAGACUGGUUUUGUUCAGGAAGCAAAAUCAUCAUUACAACUAGGAACGAGGAUUUGUUGAAGACACAUGAAGUAUAUAAGGUGCAUAAAAUUGAAAAACUAGAUGCCGAUCAAUCACUUGAGCUCUUUAGUUGGCAUGCUUUUGGACAAGACCACCCCUUUGAAGGUUUCAUGGAGCAUUCAAGAAGGGUAGUACAUCAUUGUGGGGGGCUUCCAUUAGCUCUUCAAGUUUUGGGUUCUUCUCUUUCUGGGAAAAGUAUCCAUGUAUGGGAAAGUGCAUUAGAGAAGGUGGAAGUAAUUCCUGAUGGUCAAAUCCUUAGAAAACUUAAAAUAAGCUUUGACUCUUUGCAAGAUGACCAUGACCAGGAUUUGUUCCUCCAUAUUGCUUGUUUCUUUGUCGGGAAAGACAAAGAUUGCACGGUUAAAAUACUUGAUGGAUGUGAUUUCUACACAACGGUUGGGAUUCAAAAUCUCAUUGAUAGAUGUCUCUUAACAAUUGAUGACUAUAACAAGAUAAAUAUGCAUCAAUUGCUCCGAGACAUGGGAAGAGAAAUUGUUCGCCAAGAGUCACCUAAGGAGCCUGGGAAACGUAGCAGAUUGUGGCAUCAUAAGGAUUCCUUUACUAUUUUGAGAGAGAAAACUGGCUCAGAAACAAUUGAAGGCCUUGUGCUUGACUUGCAUGCAUUUAAGGCGGCUAAAUCUGUCAAC